AAGAAGCCAGCACCCAAGAAGCGCAAGACAGCCAGCAAGAAGGACAAGGCCGACGACUCGGCACCCCUUGCGGAGCGGACAGCCAUCAGCUCGCUGAAGAAGAACAUGUACAUUGGCGCACAUGUGAGCGCGGCAGGUGGCGUCCAGAACUCGAUCCAAAAUGCCGUUCAGAUCGGCGGCAACGCCCUUGCCCUCUUCCUCAAGUCCCAGAGGAAAUGGACCUCCCCGCCUCUCGACCCAGCCGCCCGCGACGCCUUCCACGCCGCCGCCAAGGACAGCAGCUACGCCGCAGGCCUCCACGUCCUUCCCCACGGGUCCUACCUCGUCAACCUCGCACAGCCCGACAAAGCUAAGGCAGACCAGGCCUACGGCAAUUUCGUCGACGAUCUCCAGCGGUGCGGCGCCCUCGGGAUCAAGCUGUACAACUUCCACCCGGGCUCGACGGGCGGCGACUCCAUGGCCGCCGCCACGGCCCGCAUUGCCGCCCAGCUCAACAGGGCGCACGCCGACACGGCAGGAAGCGGCGUCGUCACGGUGCUCGAGAACAUGUGCGGGCACGGUAACGUUAUCGGAGGCCGGUUCGAGGACCUGGCGGCCGUGAUCGACCGGGUCGACGAUAAGACCCGCGUCGGCGUGUGCAUCGACACGUGCCACAGCUUCGCCGCCGGCUACGACCUGCGCACCCCCGAGGCCUUUGCCGCCACCAUGGCCGAGUUCGACCGCGUCGUCGGCCUCAAGUACCUCCGCGCCCUGCACGUCAACGACAGCAAGGCGCCCUUCGGCUCGCACCGCGACCUGCACGCCAACAUCGGCACGGGCUUCCUCGGCCUGCGCGCCUUCCACAACAUCAUGAACUAUGAUGGUUUUCAGGACAUGCCCCUAGUGCUCGAGACACCAAUCGACAGGAAGGGCCCCGACGGCAAGACGGUCGAGGACAAGAAGGUGUGGGCGGACGAGAUCAAGCUCCUGGAGUGGCUGAUCGGGGCGGAUCCGGAGAGCGACGAGUUCAAGGAGAAGGAGAAGCGGCUGGCUGCGGAGGGCGAGGGGGAGAGGAAGCGGGUGCAGCAGCAGGUGGAUGCAAAGGCUGUCAAGGAUGCAAAAAAGGGAGGAGGACGAGGCAAGAAG